AUGGGGACUGAAAUUCAAGGUGAUGAUUGGGACCUUCCAUGUUCUGAUGAUGAAUUAUCAAAGACUGGAAUUUAUAUUGGCAAAAAUUGGAUGCCAGAUCCAGCUGAACUUGAAGAGUUGUAUAAAGCAAUUGAAAAAUCUGGUACAUUAACAUUGGAAUGGAAAUGUCCUGGGAGACGUGCUCCAUCUCCAGUGCCUGUGAGUAAAGAAAAUCAUCCAACAGUGCCUUCAUCUCCAAUUCGUGAAGAAAAAUCUGAUUUUGAUUUUAUGGAUGAAGUCAACUCCUUAAGAUUAAGGGUUCGCAGGGAAGGUGAGGAUACUCUUCGUGGUUCAGCAAAGAAAAAGACCACAUCUUUUGAUGGUAUACUUUCUAAUAUGAUAAGGCAUAAAAGGAUAGAACAACUAGAGAAGCAAGCAAAUACACCUACUAGCUCACCUUCCAGCAGUGGUAGU